AGCAGGGGAUGAGUUCAGGGGAUCUGGAGGCCCGAACCCCUUCAUGUCGUGGGACAUGCUCGCUCUCAUGAUGUCUCCCCGUGCCGCGGCCCCACAUCCGGCGCCACCGCCCCCACUCGUGAUGGACAGCACGAGGACCCCGUACGACGAGGCCUACUUCUUCUAUGGGGCCCACGACCCCCUGGACCCCAGCCUGACCCACCGAGGGCGCCCGUUCGAGGUUCAGCACUCGGCGGACGACCUCGCCCCGUACAGGCAUCGUCAGCAGGGUCCGGGCGCCUCUGUGGCGGUGCCAGCGCCCCAGAGAGUCACGGCCGUCAGCGGCGCGCGCAGGGCCGUGGGCCCCACGUCCCAACUGGGCUCCGAUUUCGUGCCGGGCUCCGCCGACCGCGGCAAACAGCGCGAGAAACACCAGCGCUACCAGGAGGAGCUGGAGGAGCAGAUGCGCGUGCAGGACGUGCGGCGUCAGCGUCAGCGGGAGGAGCGCGAGCGCUACGAGUCACGCAUCGAGGAGGAGGCGAGCGCGUUCAGCCCCUGGGGCAAGGGCGGGGGCGGUGCUCCCCUCCGCGACGCCGAAGGGAACCUCAUCACCGACCUCAAGCAGAUGCACAAGCAGAAUGAGGAGGCGUACAAGAACCCACACCACCGGCCGCGGGGAGACGCCCGUGCCGUCCUCUCCCUGGACCUCAACCUCGCCACGCCACGCGCAGACAUGGGGGAGGGCGGCAACAGCCCCCACAAGUACCCAGGCUUCGGCUACGCCUACCGGGGUGCCCUGCAGCACGCGGGGCCCGUGACGGAGCAGCAGGCGCGGGCGCAGGGCCUCUACAAGGACUUCCUGAAGCAGCAGGCGAGAGAGCUCCCUGGCACGCGCCCUCGAGACCGUCGCUCUCGCGCUCCGCGUGGCCCCGUGGAGCGCGAGAGGGGCGCCACCCCCUCCUUGUCAUGUCGAUUGUCUUUUGCGUGCGAUCGUUGAAGAGCGACCCGGGGCUGAGACCGUCCAAUCGCGUGCGGUGGCCAAAUGUGAGGCCAGGAUCUGAGUCGUGCCGGCUCGGUGAUCUCACAUUGCCAGUACGAGGCCUCUUCCUCACCCAGAGGUGGCAGAGCGGCUGAUGUCAGAGCGCUUCUGCAAAAUUUGAUCUGGGUCACUUAUCACGACUAUCUCAGUGUGUCUCUGCAUGUCUCUAUGUAUCGACGUGUCUCUACUUGUCUCUGUGUGCC